AUGGCGCCUGUAAAGAAAAACGUGCUUAUAACGGGAGCAAAUCGUGGCAUUGGAUUAAGCCUUUGCAAAGCGUUCAUUGCGAGAAAUUACAACGUCUUUGGCUCGGUACGCCCCGAGAGCCGUGACGACCCAAGUGUAGCAGAGUUGAGGAAAACCGGAGCGAGCGUCAUAGAGUUUGAUGUUACUGAUGAAAGCACUAUUGCCGCUGCGUUUGACUCUUGGGGUGAUAAGCCUCUCGACAUCUUGAUUAACAAUGCCGGGGCUCCUACACGUCCCAGGAUGUGGGAUGAGGUCACAGCUGAAGCUCUGAUUGACAAAUUUCGUGUAAACGCUGUGGGACCUUUCAUCGUCUCCCAAAUCUUUAUGCCGGCUCUAGAGAAGAGUAAAAGCCCAAAGAUUAUAAACAUAGCGUCAAAUGCGGGCCAAAUUGCUGCAAACAAAGAUGGGAAGUAUAUGGCAUACAAAGUCUCCAAAACUGCCCUGAACCAAGUCACCAGGUCUCUAGGCAUGCAGAUGGAGAUGACCAAGAGCAAAGUCAUUGUUGCCGGUAUUCAUCCUGGCUGGAUUCCAACAAAACUCACCGGAAUGACUGGUCCGGACCAAAUGGACGUGCAAAUUCCGAAAAUUGUUAAGACAAUUGAGAGCAUCGGAGCCUCACAAAACGGCGGGUUCAUGGAUGCCGAAGGAAAAAUUAUGGAAUUUUAG